ACAACUAUGGCCAAAGCAUCCUCACUCAAACCGCUAGUGUUCGUACUUUUUGUAUCCAUGUUGAUCAUGAGUUUCUUUCGGAGCGGGCAGGCACAAAUUUCUUGUGACACCGUCAAGAAUGACUUAUCUCCAUGCAUUGGCUUUAUCAUGAAUGGAGGAAAAGUUUCUCCUGCUUGCUGCAGUGGGCUUAAUACUCUACUCAGCCUAGCAAAGACUAGAACUGAUCGCCAGAGUGCUUGUUCCUGCUUGAAAUCUGUUGUUGAAAGUGCUACUGAUGAUCAACUCAAGAAUGCUGCUCAAAUUCCUCAUUCAUGUGGUGUUAAUCUGCCAUUUAAAAUCUCACGUGAUGUCGACUGCUCAAAGGUGGAGUUAGCUUGAUGGGCACUUGAGGUGCUUCUCCAGGAUGCAUCACAUCACUGUCUAAUUAAUCUUGAAUGGUUUCG